AUGGGCUUUAAUACUCGAUGGAUUGCUCUUGUGAUGAUGUGUGUAAAAACUGUUUCUUUCUCAGUCUUAAUUAAUGGUGAGCCUAAAGGUCUUAUAAUUCCUUCAAGAGGGCUUCGACAAGGGGAUCCGUUAUCUCCUUAUUUUUUCCUACUUCGCACUGAAAGACUAAUCUCAUUGCUUAAGAAGGCUGAAGUGAAUGGUGAGAUCACACCUGUAAGGAUUUGCAGAGAAGCUCCUAGGCUAUCCCAUUUGCUAUUUGCUGAUGAUAGCAUUUUGUUUUGGAAUGAUAUUUUGGAGCUUUGGGGAGUGCAGCAAAGCCAACAGUUUGAGAAAUACCUGGGGCUUCCACCAUUGGUUGGGAGGGCAAAUUAUAGGGCCUUUUCUGAUAUAAAACAUAAAGUUUGGAAGAAAUUACAAGGAUGGAAGGAGAAGAUGCUCUCGGCUGGGGGGAAAGAAAUAUUGAUAAAGGCUGUGACAUUGUCUAUUCCAACCUAUGCUAUGAACUGUUUUAAAUUACUUUCCUCUUUGUGUUUUGAGCUUGAGCAAUUGAUGGCAAAUUUAUGGUGGGGUCAAAUGAAGAAAGAGCACAAAAUACAUUGA